CCUGGGUCCCGUGUGACGUUGAGGGUGUCACACAACACCGCAGCUCCUCCGGGCCGGACACGGACACCUCCUCUCUUCUCCUCUCCCCGCUAUAUUUGGAUAAACAAAGUGUGCAGAUUAAGCUUUGGGAUGGUCGUGGGCUCAUAACAGCGCACAGCGAUGGCCUCGGUGAAGAAGGACAACCGGCUGACCGCCUCGCAGAGCUUCCUGUGCACCGGGUUCUCCGGGUUCCUCAGCAAGAGCGUCACCUCUCCCCUGGAGGUGGUGCGGAUCAAGAGCCAGGUGGGAACCUUCCACUGCAAGAGGGGCUUCUGCCAGAGCUUCCUCCUCAUCUACCAGAACGAGGGGCUGCGGGGCUUCUGGAAGGGGAACCUCGCGUCCUGUCUGCGGCUCUUCCCUUACACCGCGGUGCACCUUGCCACCUACAAGAAGAUCGUCCACCUUCACAUGGACGAGCUGGGCUUCAUCUCUCAGUGGAGGGCCAUAUUAGCCGGGGGUCUGGCUGGUUUUGCUGCUGCUCUGGCCACGUACCCUCUGGAGGUGGUGGAGACCAGGCUCAUUGCUCAGAACUGCAGACAGCCCACGUACAUCGGCGUAAUACACACCCUCUUAAAGAUCUACAGGAGUGAGGGGCUGCUGGCUCUCUACAGGGGCUUCUCCCUCACUGUUUUAGGUGCAUUUCCCUUCUCUAUCGGAUGCUACGCAGUCUACAGGAACUUGGACAAGAUCUGGCAGGAGCCUCCUUUUCGCUUCACUCCCCUCCAGAACUUCAUCAAUGGCUGUCUUGCAGCAGGAGUCUCUCAAACCCUCUCGUACCCGUUUGAAACGGUGAAAAGGAAAAUGCAAGCGCAGAGUGCCCGUCUUCCACAUUGUGGUGGAGUUGACGUCCAUUUCAACGGGGUGAUGGACUGUUUCAUACAGGUGGUGAAAAACAAAGGCGUACUCUCAUUGUGGAGCGGUCUCACCGCCAACAUGAUCAAGAUUGUUCCCUGUUUUGGCCUUCUGUACACCUGCUUUGAGUUGUGCAAGCAGGUUUGCCUUUACCGCAACGGGUACAUCAUCUCACCCCUGAGCUACCAGCUCGCACCGGGGGUCGACCAGAGCCUCGGGCCGUCCGAGCUCCAGGAGCUGAAGCGCUACCUGAGAAACAGGAACUUUGACUCAGGGGAGUCGUCUUUUUGAAACCGCUGGUGAAGAUUUUUCCUGUGGAAAAUAUUGACUGCUGACCACACAUGACCAUCAAAAUGAGUUAGUUAUCAGUCUGAGCUACUGUAAUAAUUCACUGUAUUAAUUACACAGUAUUGUAUUUCAGGUUUACUGUCUUCCUAAAAGCAAAUAACAUGUAUUUACAUGACUGUAUGUCCUCUCUGCUGUGGUCUACCUCCUUGAAAACUGUUAUUUUAACCGAGUAUUUGUCAAUUAUGUAUUUCCAUGACUUUUUUAACCAAAUGUUAUGUGCCUUGUGAGAUAAAAACUAUUUAUUUUGGGGCAUAUUUCAGUUAUUGUUGCAUUAACUUCAUCGUAAUGGCAUUAUGUUAAAUGGCCGUUAUAAGUAUAAAUGCUAUUCAUGCUGUAAAAUAAAAUCUGAGCACUUUCA